AUGUCGACGAGAGACGAGAGACAACGAGACGACCCCGGGCGCGCGACAGACAACGACCCUCACGCCCGAGACAACACCGUGCACGACAGAGCGAGCUCCCAAAGUCUUCCUAAGCCACGGCAACACUUGAAGCCUCUUCCGCAGCGCAGGGCUGUGUCCGUCCACGAGGACACUCUGGCCAUGACACAAGAACUGAAGGCGGUGUUACAAAGGUCACCCAUCCGUUUCCGGGGCAACAGAGGUGAUCUGCCCACCUGCACUGAAAUUUCAUCCAGUGGGGAGGAAGCACAAAGAGCUCAGGAGGCCAGUGACAAAGGGACAGCAGGAGAAAAGAAGGAGGCUGUCCAGAAGGAUGAGCUGAAGGCAGAGAGAGGAAGGACGGGCUGUGAAGGGACGGUAGCUGAAAACAAGCACUCCCCUCCAGGAGAGGAGGAAGCCCCGGGCUCAGGGUGUCCCUCCUCUACAGCUCAGGCUCAGCAAGAAGCAUCAGCACCCCGACUCUUGAGUCCAGCUGCAGCUCUCGACAAAGAGAGGCCUCUGGCACUAAUCCAAAUCCUGGAAAAGCCUCCUGUACCCCCCACAUCCCAGGAAAAGAGCCCCAGCAGAGUGCUGGCAUUGCCCCAAACUCUAGAAAAACUGCUGGUGUCCCCACCUACCGAAGAAAAGACCCCCAGCACAAUCCCAGCUGAAUCCCCAGAAAACCCUCAAGUAAGUCCUCUGUCACACAAGGAGAAGGGCCCAGGCACCGAUCCGGCCUCAGUGGAUCUGAAAAAAAACAGCACACAGGAGAGAGGAGAGGCGGUCUCUAAACAGCACACAACAAAGGCAGAGCCAGCAGACCAAAGAACUGAGCCCCCUCUGUCUAAAUAAUACACACAGACUGACUCACCUGAGGAGAAAAGGCACACCUGGGAGAGAGAGGAGGGAGGGGUCUGUAACAUCACUGAACUGGUAGGGUAUAUGAGGUCUGAGAGCAGCAUGAAUGUUGUACCCUUCUGUAGAAACAGUAAGCUUGUGGCAGAUGCAUCUGGUCCCCCUCCCGUUCACACAGAUUUCCAGCCGACCUUAAUCUGGUCGGGCCAAUCACAACCGUUUGUCUAAUAUGGGGCGGGUUUCAUACGAUGACUGCACAGAGGAGCGCGACCUUAUUGUUGAUAACCUUGUUACACAGAACCAUCUGUGAAGUCAUUGUUGAAACUGUUUAGAAAAGGGCAGGCCUGUUAAAAAAAUACUCGGCGGAUGAUUGGAUGAACCAU